GUAUCGAUGUCAACACCUUUCAUGUGCUGACAUAACUUACGUGUUAAUGUUUAGCUCCUGGAAAGUUGCAUGAUGACAUAAAAACCCUCAAAACGCUAUAACAUUAGAGUCGAAAUCGCUUCUUCCACAGUAAGUUAGCCUACGGACAACCAGCACAACACACGCCACAGAGCUCGGUAACUUAAAUCAGAUGACAACGUUAGCUUGAUUCAAAGUUUUUAAAGGCAGAAUGGCAGCCUUGCGUACAGCAAAGACAGCUUUGAGGAAAGAAAUAAAGCGACGGGUUGCUGCACUGAGUGACGAGGAGAAACAACGACAGUCUCUAGUCAUUUCACAGAAGCUCUUCAGACACCCCAAGUAUGCGUCCUGUAAGCGGAUUGCAGUGUUUCUCAACAUGGAUGAUGAGGUGCGCACUGAGGAAAUCAUCAAAGACGUGUUUAAAUGGGGUAAAAGCUGCUUCAUUCCCAGAUAUAAGAGCAGAAGCAGCCAUAUGGACAUGUUGAAGCUCAGCAGUCUGCAGGACAUAGAGAUGCUUCCUCUAACAUCUUGGAACAUCCGACAGCCUGCUGAAGAGGACAACAGCAGAGAGGAAGCACUGGCUACAGGAGGUCUGGACCUGAUCCUGGUGCCAGGCCUGGGUUUUGACCGGCUGGGGAAACGUUUGGGAAGAGGGAAGGGCUUCUAUGACACCUACUUGGGGCGCUGCAUCAGACAACCCAAGGGAAAGCCCUACACCAUUGCCUUGGCCUUCAAAGAGCAGCUGUGUCAGGAAAUCCCUAUCGACAAUAAUGAUGUGCUUGUAGAUGAAGUACUGUAUGAGGAUGAAGAGUAGAUAAUCAGUCACUAGUCAUGCUUCAGGCAUUCAGAACUGGCUAUAUUUAAAUGGCAAGGUCAGCCAUAGGUUUAUCCUUGUCUUUCCAUUGAAAGAUAAUCAACUCUUUUUCACUGCAGACAGCAGAAAUAGCCACAUGGAACCAAUAAGACUAAUGGUGGUCCAUUGAAAUGGCAUAUUGGACUAUUGCCGGUAUUAUUUCCAUCUGGGGUUUUCCUGCUUUGACUUGAUGAUGUGAGAGCUAUUAAAGGCAGGUUUUGCAAACCGCUAAAUACCUGAAAUGAAGAAUUCACUUACAAAAAAUAUUAAUGGACAGUUAAAUGAAAAUAAGUGUAAAUAAAGUUAUACUGGGAAAUGCA